CGCAGGGCGGGCGGUUGUUGCGGUGGGGACGGCGCGUGCGCCUGGCGGCGGCUCGCGCAGCCCGCGGCAGCUGGCACCAUGAUGUGGUUCGGCGGCUCCAUCCCGGCCGCCAUCGCCGCCGCCAAGCAGAGGAGCUCGGUCUUCGUCGUGUUCGUGUCAGGUGAGGAUGAACAAUCUACUGAGAUGGCUGCAAGGUGGGAAGAUGAGAAAGUGACUGAAGCUGCCUCAGAUGGUUUUGUUGCUAUUAAAAUUGACAGCAAAAGUGAGGCAUGCCUGCAGUUUUCUCAAAUUUAUCCUGUAGUGUGUGUUCCAUCGAGUUUUUUUAUAGGAGACAAUGGAAUCCCUUUGGAAGUAAUCGCUGGCAGUGUUUCUGUUGAAGAGCUUGUUACCAGAAUCCAUAAAGUUAAACAGAUGCACACACUAAAAGGGCAGCCCUUGGAAAAUGGAAGUCAAUCAUCUCCAUGUCCCUCCUCUCAAGCUAAUGGUGCUCCAGAAAACACGCAAUCCAGAACAGUGGAGUGUUGUGACUCUCCUGUCCCAUCUGAGACAAUAAGACCUCCUGCUGUGGAAGAUGGAGCAGAUUUAGGUCAAGUAAGCCAGGAAGCAACUAAUUCUUUAGAUGAACGAGUGAGUGAUGCUCAACCUGUGAAUGAUCUUACACUCAAAGUAGAAAGACUAACAAAAAAGCUGGAAGAAAGACGAGAAGAGAAACGGAAAGAAGAAGAACAGAAAGAAAUUAAGAAAGAAAUUGAACGGAGGAAAACUGGCAAAGAAAUGUUGGAGUACAAAAGGCGGCAGGAAGAAGAAUUGACAAAGCGCAUGUUAGAGGAAAGGAACAGGGAAAAGGCAGAAGAGAGGGCUGCUAGGGAGCGUAUAAGACAACAGAUUGCAAUGGAUCGUGCUGAGAGAGCAGCUCGCUUUGCAAAAACAAAAGAAGAAGCAGAAGCUGCAAAAGCUGCAGCUCUUCAGGCCAAACAGGCUGAAAUAGAGGCCAGAAAAGAAGCAUCUCAGAGGGAGCGAAGUGCAAUAGCCAGGAUCCAGUUCCGCCUCCCAGAUGGAUCUUCCUUUACUAACCAGUUCCCAUCUGAAGCACGGCUGGAAGAAGCAAGGCAGUUUGCUGCACAGACGGUUGGUAAUGCUUAUGGCAAUUUUUCGCUGGCGACAAUGUUUCCCAGAAGGGAGUUUACCAAAGAAGAUUAUGGAAAGAAGUUACUGGAACUAGAGUUAGCACCCAGUGCUUCAGUAGUGCUGCUGCCGGCAGGAAGACCUGCUACUUCUGUUGUUCAGGCUUCAGGCAGUGACCUGUGGAAGUUCUUGGGCACAAUACUUUAUCCUCUUUUAGCGGUUUGGAGAUUUAUUAGCAACUUCCUGUUUACAAGUCCACCCCCCGCACAGUCUGCUGUGAGGUCAGCUCAUCAGCAAGACCAUGCAACUCCUUCAACAUCUAGCAGCAUGGAACAAAGCAGGGAAGCUCUCCAACCUCACUGUCAUUUGUACCCUAGGCAAGCAGUCAGGAAACGAGUCGUGGAAAAGCGGGGGGAAGACUUCAAAAAAGAAGGCAAAAUAUAUAGACUGAGGACUCAAGAUGAUGGAGAAGAUGAAAACAAUACUUGGAAUGGAAAUUCUACACAACAAAUGUAGUUUUAUGUAACUCCAGUAAUUGGUGUCUGGCUUUUUUUUUCUUUUCUUUUUUUUUUCCUUAUUUGAUCUAAGUCAGCUAGAGCUUCUGGACAGGUGGGGCUUAAUUUACACUGACUUGAAUUAUUACUUUAUUCCAUACUCCACUGUAGGAAUAAGAAUUAAGUCACCUAAAGCAGAAAAAUGGAGUGGGUGUAGCUGAGGCCUAGAGGCAAAGAGUUAAAAAGACUGAAAAAUCUUCAGCUUUCAUAAUCAUUACCCUACUGCCAUAGAAAGGCACUUCUUAAUCUAUGAAUAUUCUGCUAAAUAAAUUUAAAAGCCAGAUAUUAAUAUAAAGGUCAUAGUAGGCAAUGACUGAUUAAAAUGAGGGUUUCAGAAGCACUAUUAAGUAGCAAAUCAGGUAACUAAUUUAUGUUUAACUUUUUCUUGCUUCCUGCAACUGCAAGCAAAAUCUUGUAGUUUUUAAAUUUCCCCCAGCACUGAAUAAACUAUUUUCCAGAAAAC